ACAUUUUAAUCGAUAACCCAAGAGAUGCUGUAUCGCGCUUGAUACCCUAUUAGGCUGAUAAACUAGUUUUCUGGGUAAGUUUUGUGCAACUAGCUAAUGCAAACAUUUAAGAAUGAAAGUUUGUGGAGUAAAACUAGAAGAGUAAAUAAAAUAUCAGAGCGAUCAUAGUUCCUUAUUCGGUGUAUGAGUUUCAGGAUCCAUUUUUGAGAUUUUGAAUUGGGCGUAAAAUGAAUGCUUGUGAAUGCAAUUCAUUCCCAUCAAUAACACUGUUGACUUAUUCACUAGAGCUCUCUGCUCGUCGCAAACGACUUUUUUUUUAUGUUUGCAAACUACGAAACGAAGGUCCGUAGAUUGAAAUGGGAAUAGGUGCUCCAAGAAUGAUUCACUUAACAUAUGAACUUACUCUAUUUAACGGGUUGAAUUUAUUUUCCAACUGAAUCAUUUCAUUUUGCGAGCUUGUAUCGGCCUAUACAUGUGCUCCUCGAUUGUCCGAUGAAUAAAUUGAUCUUAGGACAAAGAAAUUCGUUUAAAGUGAGCUGUAAUUAUUUGUUUUCUUUGUUUAUGUGCUUCCCCCCCCCCCCAUAUUUUGUAUUUUGAUUUAAUGAAAGAAAUUAAGUUGUGGGCGAUGAGUUUGUUUUUGUGUGUGUGUGUACCAAGGACAAUUAAAAUUUAAAAUAAAAGCAUUUGAGAUUAUUUAUAGUUGAACGAUCCAAUCUUAGCAGUGGCGUAGCUGGGGUGGGUCUCACACGAUGCUGUAAACUGAUGGUGUCACCCCCCAGCCCCUGCCCCGGACUUACACGAUGGAUUUCUUCGUGUUAAAAUAAGUCCACAGUAUAACAAAGGAGAAUUAUAGCCAUUUACAUUGUUUCUAUAGUAUAGUAGUUACUAUCCUAGUGUCUCAUUUUUAUUUUACUUAGUUUACAUGUUUUUCAUAAUUGUAAAGCGCUUAGAGCUUAUGGUAAGCGCUAUAUAAAAAUGCCUAAAUAAAUAAAUGUCAGGAGUUAAUCUAUUUUAGAACUGUAGCACAGUUAACUUUGAGUUAUUUUUACUUUCAAUUUACGUUAUAAAAAAAAAAGUGUCUGUUAAAAUUACUGAGUCGGUUCAUGUACUUAAAAUCGCCCCUUCAAGUCACAUUUGGUGUCAAUGGAAAAAAAUUUUUCUCAGAAUUUAGAUAAAUAUAGCUUCCUGUCACUAACGAAAGAUAUCGAACACAUUGAACGGCGUUGAAUCAUUGUCAAAACGUACUUUUUCGAACCUAAUUUUAGGGUUACCUCAUUUCUGACCCAUCAACCUUGAACUUUUAAUUAAAGCACGCAUUUGGAUUGGUUACAUGUGUGGAACAUUUAGGUUUGAUCGGUUUGCCUUUAUGAAAUUCGGUUAGACCGAGCAAUGUGUGCUCUGUAAUUAUGCAAUUAUUCAAUUUGGUGUCACACCUUAGAUGGUGUCACCCGGUGCGGUCCACAACCCAUGCACCCCCUUAGCUACGCCACUGCAUCUGAGAUAAAGUUAUAGCGAAAAGAAACUAUUUGAGAUAGUGUUUUAGAUAAUAGAAGCUAUUUGAGAUAGUCUUAUAGCUCAAAGAAACAAUCUCAGAUAGUCUUAUAGCUAAAAGAAACAAUCUCAGAUAGUCUAAAGCUAAAAGAAACAAUCUCAGAUAGUCUAAAGCUAAAAGAAACAAUCUCAGAUAGUCUAAAGCUAAAAGAAACAAUCUCAGAUAGUCUAAAGCUAAAAGAAACAAUCUCAGAUAGUCUAAAGCUAAAAGAAACAAUCUCAGAUAGUCUAAAGCUAAAAGAAACAAUCUCAGAUAGUCUAAAGCUAAAAGAAACAAUCUCAGAUAGUCUAAAGCUAAAAGAAACAAUCUCAGAUAGUCUUAUAGCUAAAAGAAACAAUCUCAGAUAGUCUAAAGCUAAAAGAAACAAUCCCAGAUAGUCUAAAGCUAAAAGAAACAAUAUCAGAUAGUCUAAAGCUAAAAGAAACAAUCUCAGAUAGUCUUAUAGCUAAAAGAAACAAUCUCAGAUAGUGUUAUAGCUAAAAGAAACAAUCUCAGAUAGUCUAAAGCUAAAAGAAACAAUCUCAGAUAGUCUAAAGCUAAAAGAAACAAUAUCAGAUAGUCUAAAGCUAAAAGAAACAAUCUCAGAUAGUCUUAUAGCUAAAAGAAACAAUCUCAGAUAGUGUUAUAGCUAUAAAAAAAUAUCAGAGAUAAUGUUAAAAAAAGCAAAUUAUCAGAGGUAGUGUUAUAGAUGAAAGAAACUAUCUGAGAUAUUCUUAUAGAUAAAAUAAACUCUCUUAUACGGUGUAGUUAAAAAGACAGCUUGAUUUGGUGUACUGGUAAUUUAAAGAAACUUUCUGAAAUUAUGUCGCUAACAAAGGAGAGUAUCCCAUUGAAGUUUCAUUUAUCUAAUCGAUUUGAUUUCCAUAAACGUAAAGGUAAACUUUUUUUGUGGAUGCCUGAUAACUACCAUUUUUGAAAGGUCGAAUAACUACUUCAUAGUUUUUUGUUUAAAAAAAACGUUUAGUGACCUUAUUAAUUUUUUUUCUAAAUAGGUUCAUUAAUAGGAUACCAACCACAGUCCAUUGGAUCUCCUUCUCAUUGGCAUAACUGGCAACGGGAAAAGUUCGACUGGCAAUUCAAUUUUGGGUCGAUAUUUUUUUGUGAGUAACAGUAGUACGGAAUCUGUUACAAGUGAAUUGAGUUAUGAACACGCUGAGUACAAUGGUCGGAUUCUUAAAGUAGUGGACAGUCCAGGUGUAGGGGACACCAGUGGCAUUGAGAACAUUGAGAAAGCCACGAUACUCGUCAUGGACGCCAUGCAAGAUGCAAUACUCUUGAACCCAAAAGGUUACCACGCAUUCCUGCUAGUGGUCCGAUACGGUGGCAGAUUUACUUUUGAGGAUAAAGAGGUGAUUAGAAUAUUAAAGGGGACAAUCCGCUCUAGCCGGAAGAUAAACAGAAAUAUUGAAAGCCAUAGAGGGGGGAAUAACAUUAACAGAGAAGGCACAAUUUUUAAAGUCUCUCAAAAAAUACCAAACUGAGAAGGAAAGAGAAAAAUUAAGAAUAAAAAACAUUGGACAUUCGGUGAAGAUGACAAUGGCCUGCGGAAUAGUUGACAUAUAUAUCGCUAUCGAUGAGGAAGUUCAAAAUUAAUACGGAUUCACGUCAUCAGACUCCAUGGAUGAAAACAUUUCAGUUGAAGUUCACAUACUAAAUUUCCGGAAAGCGUAACUAGAAAUAAAAAAAAAAAUAUUGUAACAUCAUUACAUAACAAUUACCUUUAAAAGUGUUUAAAAAACGGGGAAGGUGUCCAAAGUUAUCACAUCUUAUAGAACAUUUAUCAAGUAUAAAGAUGUGAUAAACGCAUUGUCAGUUAUCAUCUCAAAUCUAACUAAGGCCUCAACUCUGUUAUCUAACUAAGGCCUCAACUCUGUUAUCUAACUAAGGCCUCAACUCUGUUAUCUAAGUACGGCCUAAACUCUGUUAUCUAAGUACGGCCUCAACUCUGUUAUCUAAGUACGGCCUCCACUCUGUUAUCUAAGUACGGCCUCAACUCUGUUAUCUAAGUACGGCCUCAACUCUGUUAUCUAAGUACGGCCUCAACCCUGUUAUCUAACUACGGCCUCAACUCUGUUAUCUAAGUACUGCCUCAACUCUGUUAUCUAGGUAAGGCCUAAACUCUGUUAUCUAAACUAAGGCCUACACUCUGUUAUCUAAGUAAGGCCUCCACUCUGUUAUCUAACUAAGGCCUCAACUCUGUUAAAACACUGUUCAAAAAAUAUAUACAAUCUUCACUGAACGUGAAUGAUAAUUUGUUUCAAUGUCUGAUCUUGACGACAAUUUUCUUAUUGUUUAAGUGAGGAGCCGUUUGAAUAAAUGACCUCUGCUAAGAAAAGAUUUACGAACCCGCAGCCAGUAACAGAUUACUAGCAACCAUAGCCACAGUUUCUAUUCCGUAACAGAGCCGUGUGUGGCUUUCAAGCGGCCAGUGCCGAGUCAAUAUAAAUUAGUGUUGUUGGGUUGUUGUUUUUUUUCAAUUUUCUUCAACCGGAAUGACAGAUAUUAAAGAGUGCUCCAAAUGAAACCUUUGUGACUUAAAGUUAAACAUAAUAGUAGAGAGCACUUUAUAAAUAUCUUGAUUUUACUGAUGUCUUCUUCUUGUUCUAUAUCUUAAGGGCCCACGAUCAAUUUGUUGAUCAUUUUGGCUCCUAUGCAGAUGGGAUUUGCAAUGUUUCUGUUACUGGUGUUGAUGAGGAAAUCAUGCACUAGGGGUUUGAAGGCUUGAUGUAAUUAAUUGUAUGACUUUGCUUUUUAAGAAAAAGAAAAACCGUUUAGUUUAAGUUAUCUGUGACUUUGCCCCCCCCCCCCAAAAAAAAAACAACAAAAAAACACUCUUCCGUAGAAACUAGUACGCCACUAACAGCAGAUCCAUUGCGUGUUUGUUAAAUU